GAUCGGAUAACCGAGCACAAAGUUACGUUUGUUUAAAGUUUCGACGCAGGUCAGGCCUUCACCGCGGCCGUGUACUGCAGUGAUGCAAUCACUGUCUUGGUCGACAGCGGUGAUGCAAUCACUGUCUUCGUCGACAGCGGUGAUGGCCCAAACAUGCGUAGAUUGAGAAUUAUUUUCAUAACGUGUGUAUUUUGAGAAUUUUUUUUAAAAACAUUUGUAACUUGGGAUUUUUCCCUCUAUAUUUGGGAUGAUAAAUGCGAAUUCUGAUUUGUCCCAUCCAAACAGUCAAUUCGGAUUUCACUCCACCAAAAUAUUUCCACAAUUUCCCGUUCUUCCUUCCCGCAAAGUUUCUCCCUCGACGGACAUUUCCUCUAUUCCUCUAUCCUUCAAUGGCGGCUCUGAACCCAAAUUACGAAAUUAAAAAUCCUCUAUACCCAGAAGUUUUACAAUCGAAUCCGGAAGCGAAUAGCAAUAAUCACAAUCCUUCUUCCUCCUCGUCACCCAAUCUAUAUCCCACUAUCGACAAUCGGGACCUCGUCGAAAAUCUCUUACCGGAACAAUUUGGCAAAAAGCCUAAAGCUGACGCUAAGCCUUAUUCCCCCUCUGCUCCGCCUUCAGCGUCGGAGGAAUUGCUAAUCAGAGUCCCCGGUGCCAUUCUCAAUCUUGUCGACAAAACCUACAGCGUUGAGCUUGCCUCGGGCGAUCUCACCGUCAUUCUCCUCCGUCAGGGCGACAACAUCGUUGCGGUUCUAGCUCGAGUUGGGGACGAGAUUCAAUGGCCAUUGGGGAAAGAAGGAGCCGCUGUGAAGCUUGACGAUUCGCAUUACUUCUUCUCUCUUUGCUUGCCCCAAGAGCAGAACUCUGAUUCGAGCGACGAUGAGGACUCUAAGAAGAAGACGACGAAGAAUCAAAGGAAAACCGAUAAGAAAGAACACGAAGAAGAGAUUCUGAAUUACGGAUUGACGAUUGCUUCAAAAGGGCAGGAAGGGAUAUUGAAGGAGCUGGAUGAGAUAUUCAAGACCUACUGUUGUUUUUCCAUUCAAAGUGUUUCGGAGAAUGCGAAGAAAAUGUCAGGGGAGGCAUUGCUGGAUGAUUCGAUGGCAAAGGAGAUUUCGCCGAAGGAAUUGGAGUCGGAGAAGAACAAAGCCAUGAUGGAAGGGAAUUGUGCGGCUUACUGGACGACAUUGGCGCCCAAUGUUGAAGAUUAUAGCAGCAGCGCUGCGAGGCUGAUUGCAACUGGAUCAGCGCAACUAAUUAAAGGGAUUUUGUGGUGUGGUGAUGUUACUGUGGACAGGUUGAAAAAGGGGAAUGAGGCGAUGAAGCAGAGGAUGAGUCCCAAAUCUAGCGCAGAGAUCAGUCCAGAAACCAUGGAUAGGAUUAGAAGAGUUAAGCGGAUGACGCAAAUGACUGAGAAAGUAGCAAACGGGGUGCUCACUGGUGUUAUUAAAGUAACAGGGCUCUUCACCAGCACACUAGCUAACUCAAUGAUGGGCAAGAAAGUGUUGAGCCUUCUGCCUGGUGAAAUCGUUCUUGCAUCUUUGGAUGGAUUCAGCAAGGUGUUUGAUGCUGUUGAAGUAGCUGGAAGGAGUGUGAUGUCGACAUCAUCUGAUGUCACAACCGAUAUCGUUUCCCACAGGUAUGGUGAAGAGGCAGGGCAGGCAACAAAUGAAGGGCUUGGUGCUGCAGGGCAUGCCUUUGGGGUAGCUUGGGCUGCAUUGAAAAUCAGGAAGGCGCUUAACCCCAAAAGUGCAAUAAAGACCACUGCUUUAGCCAAGUCUGCUGUUAAAGCUGCAGCUGCUGAAGCGAAGGCCAAGGCAGGCAAAUAAAAUACCUCUUCCUACUCACACUACAUUAACGAUGAAGCCCUAAAAUCAUGUAUGAAGGAAGCUCCACGACCCAUGUUCUCAGUUAUCACCCUCGAUUGUUUUCCUCUACAGGUAUCACCUUUUCUAUUUGCUUGUUGUAAAGGAAUGUUUUGCAUUAAACCCUAUUGUCAAUGUAGCCAAUUGAAAAGGAGAUGAAUCCUUUCUGUAAAUAAGUAGAGAGAGAGAGACCAUUUUUAAAGAGCCUCCAAAAAAUUGGAGUAUGAUUGAUGCUGAUGUAAUUGGCCUGCCCAAGGAAGAUUUGCUUGGCUUCUUCCACCACCCCAAUAACCCACAAGGCUGGCAUCUUAAACAAGUGGCGAAGAAGAUGAAUCGGUGGCCAUUUCCAGCCGUCCGGUAUAUCGAUACCGGGUCAAACGGUAACUGGUUAUACCGAUACCGACCAUUUACCACCCCUACUUCUUAGCUACAAGACAUGUUCAAGCUUGGCAUGCUUCAACCAUCCUUUUGCCAAUUGCAUAAUCCGCCUAUGUGGCUUUAUCUUUUUUUGUUCUUGAGUUUGUAGAUUUGAUGUUCUAUGUAUGUGUUUCUUUUUAUUCUUUUAACUUGUGCCAGCUUUGUACGCGGUCAUUGGCGGGAUAUAUUUUGUUAUUAAUAAUUUAUUAAAAAUAUAAUUAAACAAUUUUU